GUCACACUGCUGCGCCAACUGCUUCCGGCGCUCACAGAGCCCACAUGUGCUGUUUCAGUGCGCAGUUCCGGCGCUGCUGUGUAUAGUUCGUCCCUGUACUGCGAUUGUGACCCCGCUGCCAUGGGGAAGAGUGCGGGGAAGAAGGGGAAGCCCCCGGCGGCGGCGGCGGCAGCCCGAGUUAUAGCCCAAAAAGCCCGCACGGAGAUCAGGGAUAACCCCUUCGAGGUGAAGAUCAACAAGCAGAAGUUUAAUGUGCUGGGAAGGAAAACUGGGAAACACGACGUGGGACUGCCCGGGGUGUCCAAGUCCAAAGCCCUCAAACGGCGCAAGGACACUAUUCUGAUGGAAUACCAGCGGCGCGGGAAAGUCAGUGUUUUUAUGGACAAGCGCUUUGGGGAAUAUGACACCAAAUUAACCCCAGAUGAAAAGAUGAUGAAGCGAUUUGCUAUGGAACGGAAGAAAAAUGCUGAGAGGAAAACCUUAUACAAUCUGAAUGAAGAGGAGGAGCUGACACACUAUGGGCAGUCGCUGGCAAAUUUGGAAAAACUGAAUGACACUGUAGACAGUGACAGCGACUCGGAGGAACGCGGAGCUUUGUCAGCUGAACUGACUGCUUCCCAUUUUGGUGGCGGCGGUGGCCUGCUUAGGAAAAAGGCCCAGUCUGAUCAGAAGGAUGAGGAGGCUGAAAAACCAAAGAGCCGUAAGGAGCUGAUUGAGGAACUGAUCAUUAAAUCCAAACAGGAGAAGAGAGAAAGGCAGAGCCAAAAGGAGAAGUCCUUGGAACUGACCGAGAAACUCGACAGUGACUGGAAAGCCAUACAGGGACUCCUGUCACACAAAACUCCAAAAUCUGAGAGAAAGACGGAGGAAGAAAAGCCAAAGCCAGAUGAAUACGAUAAGAUUGUCCGGGAGCUGGGAUUUGAGAUGAAAGCUCAGCCCACAGACAGGAUGAAGUCUGAAGAAGAACUGGCUAAGGAAGAGCAAGAGCGGCUGCAGAAACUGGAGGCUGAAAGGCUCAGGCGAAUGCGAGGAGAUAAAGACCAGAAAUCCAAGAGAGCCAAGCACAUCUCAGCUGAUGAUUUAAUGGAUGGAUUCAUACUGGAUAACGAUGACCGUGUGAUGCUUUCCUAUAAGGAUGGUGCCAUGAAUCUUCCUGAGGACAUAGAGCUGGAGGAUGUUGGCAAAGACACCAUUGGUGAUGAGGAUGAGGAGGGCAGUGGCGAUGAGGAGGAAGAGGAGGGCAGUGGUGAUGAUGAAGAGGGCAGCAGCGGUGAAGAGGAAGACGUUGAAGGAAGCGAGGAUGAUGCCUCGGACAAUUAUUCUGACCUAGAGUCUGAUGCAGGUAGUGAGGAACCAGGCAGCGAUGCUGAAAAUACAAAGAUGGAAGAAAAAGAGAAAAAGAACAAAGAGAGAAAAUCUGGUGCAAAGGCUGCCAAGUCUGAGCUUCCCUUUACUUUUGCUGCUCCUGAGUCCUAUGAAAGUUUCCAGUCUCUCUUGUCUGGGAAACCUGUGGAACAGCAGCUGGUUGUUUUGGAGAGGAUCCAGAAGUGCAACCACCCAAGCCUGGCCGAAGGAAACAAGGCUAAGUUAGAGAAACUGUUUGGGUUCCUGCUGGACUACAUAACCGAUCUGGCAAGCAUGGACUCACCUGAUCUGAAAGCAAUCGACAAGCUGGUCAUCCCCCUGUACAAUCUGUGCCAGAUGUUUCCUGAAGCCGCAGGUACUUGUGUCAGAAACGCCCUCGACGAAUCUGCGCGUGCCAUUGACAAAAUGGUAGAAGCCAAAGGCCGGGCUGCCCUCCAAGGGAUACAUGUGCUUGUCCACCUCAAAAUUACAGCAAUCCUAUUCCCCACGUCUGAUUUCUGGCAUUCUGUGGUCACCCCAGCCAUGAUUCUGAUGAGCCAGUUACUAACGUUGUGCCCAAUCUACUCAUUGGAAGAUGUUGCUGCUGGCCUGUUUGUGUGCUGCAUGUUUCUGGAGUAUGUUUCUCUCUCCAAAAAGUUUAUCCCAGAGCUGAUAAACUACCUACUAGGAGUACUUCAUCUAGCGGUGCCAAGGAAAGAGUCACUAGAUUAUGUCCUGGUUCCGCCCUUUAAACCACAUGGGAAGAACUCUGAGCUUCUACUGGUUGGGAACAAUGAGGACAUUGACACCUGGGUGAAGAAGCCCCUCCCAAUAACUGCAAUCAAUGGGCUUUCUGAAAGCAGUGAGCUGGAAAUCAGUCACUUCAAGUUGACGUGUAUAGCAACAUGUCUGGAUCUAGUAAGGCGGUGUGUGGAUAUUUAUGGGCCUUUACCUGCUUUCCGAGAAAUCUUGAAUCCUAUUACAACUCUCCUCAGUAAGCAUUUACCAACCAGGGACUACUCCCUGCAAAUUCAGGAAUUGCAAGCAGAUAUAUUGAGGACUAUUGAGAAGAAUAACAAGAAACCGUACCAACCGCUGGUGUUUGAAAAGCAGAUGGCUGUGCCAAUGAAAAUGUUCACACCAAAAUUAAUGCCAGUGCUUGAGUUUGGCAGAAAACAGGGUUGCAACCAGCAAGAGCGCGAAAGAAAGAAGCUAAUUCACAAGCACAAGCGGGAAUUCAAGGGAGCUGUCCGAGAAAUUCGUAGAGACAACCAGUUCCUGGCCAGAGUCAAGUUGUCCGAGACCAUGGAAAGGGAUGCUGAAAGGAAGAGGAAAGUGAAAGAGCUUUUCAAUAGUCUUUCAACUCAAGAGGGUGAAUGGAAAGCGCUGAAAAAGAAGAAGCUGAAGGGGAGAUGAUGGGGAUGAAGGCAGAUUGGACUGUUGGGGAAAGGGCUGAGACACUUGCAGGUUCUGCGUAUCUAUCACUUUUCCUUCAUUGUAAAGGACAAUUUUUAACCACCUCCUAUUGGAAGCAUUGUCUAAUGUUGCUGUCGCUUUUAGAGUCACUUGCUUUAGAGCAAGAAAAAUACACGUACAAUGUUUUACAGUGGGAUACGUGUAUAUACCAAUUGUGUAUUCUGUAGCCCAGGAAAUAACUGGAUAUCAGGCUAAGAUCUGACCCAAGUAUGUAUGUCUGGCUCAACGUUCUGAAUAACAAAUGAUGGGUAAACUGAGGAUGCUCAUUGCAAUGUAUAUGAAAAGGCUACUGGGUGUGCAGCAGGGGGCCACAAAGGAAUACACUGAUACUAUGCAACUAUUAAAGAGAUUUCCCAAAACACAUCAGUUAAUAGAGCUGCUCCAGCAGAAUCCUGUAUUGUAAUCUGUUUUUCAAAAGAAAUUUGACAUGGGGCCAGACCAGUGAUCCCCAACAUGUUGCUCCCCAACCCCUUGGAUGUUGCUCUCAGUGCCCCCAAACCAGGGAGUUAUUUUUGAAUUCCUGACUUGGUGGCAAGUUUUGGUUUAAUAAAAAUAAGAUUUGCUACCAAAUAAAGCCCCUGUAAGCUGAUAGUGUGCAUAGAGGCCCCUAAUAGCCAAUCUUAGCCCUAUUUGUCACCUCCAUGAACUAUUAUGGUGCUUGUGUUGCUUUUCAAGUCUUUUUACAUUUGACUGUGGCUCACAAGAAAGUUUGGGGGCCCCUGGGCUAGACUUAUUCGUACUUUCCCAGAGUGCCACAGCCAUGUGACCUGUGCUCUGAUAAACUUAGCUGCAAGUUGGAGGGAUAUCACCCCCCUCCUUUUACUCCCCCAGCAGCAGAUCAGCAGGACAAUGGGAAGGGAGCAAGAUAGCAGCUCCCUGACACCUGUAUUGCUAAGAAUUCUCCCAUGCCCCACCUAGUUGUCAAUUGACUGGUCUUGGUCAUGACUCCUUCAGUUACAUGGGGGUAGGAGAAACAAUAGGUUAUCUGAAACAGUUACUGCUGGCUCCUUAAAGCUCAGACUCAGGCGCAAUGCACUGAAAUGACGCCUACACACCAAUAUUACAGCUAAAACAAUAAGUUUAUUGACUUAAAAAUCAUAAUGUAAAUGGUAGAAUGAAUUAUUUGCAAUGUGAUCAGUGUAAUAUAGUAAUAAAAACUUACAUCAUAAAAAUUA